AUGGAUAACUUACUUGGCCAAGGCCCGUGUAUGGUUUGUGAAGAGUAUUUAGAGAAGAUUAUCACAGACCCACCACGGCGUAACCGUAAUUCUCUUUUAGAUGGUUUAACUGUUCUUCCGACCGUAAUAUCGAGUCUUAUACAAAACAUUCCCAUGCCCUGGGAGUCCAGCAAGAAGAUGCUUUGUUACUACAGCACAGAUGGUAUCAUUUGUAGUCUUAAAGGCAAACAUUCCGAAGAUGAGGUCAAUUAUCUCUGCCACUGGGCCUCUUCAGUCAUAGCACUGGAAAUGAACAUUGACAUUCCACCCCACCCCAAAAAGUGGUCUAUUCCUGAGUAUCUAUCACUCCAAGCCCAGCUAAACCUGCCCAAAAAGACACCUGUUCGCUCAAACUCCACUAACUCUACCAAUCACACUAACCACACCAGCUCUACCAACCACACUAACGCAACAACAACCUCAAAACCAACCCAAUCUAUCACCAACGACCUUAUUCCUAAUCCCCGUCGAGUUCUUCUUAGAGAGUCUAUUUCGUUUCUACCUAAAGAAAAGCCUCCUAAGAAGGUCAAAUCAGUCCCAUCCCCAUACUCCGAUUGGAAACUGCUUAUGAAUACCGCUAGUUCCACUACUUCGGCCCCUACCAAGCAACCCGCUUCACUCAAAAAGGACUUUUGCUCAACCAUGGAGUGGACCAAGCUAGCCCGUCUGGUCGUCAUUCUUGGCCGCCGCGUGCUUAGUUAUGUCUUAGAAGAGCGCAAAAUCAAGUAUUGUGACAUCAAAAAGAACAAACAACCAUCUCCCAAAAGAAAGAUAAGCACUAAAGAAAAGAAAAAGAGUCGAAUGGGUCAAUCUUAUCAUGUUCUCCGAGAAAUACUCACUUUAUUAGACCGAAUAGUCGCACUCUUUGAAGACCACCAGGCCCAUACCAUUUCCAAGACAGAUCUUAUGCAAGGCCUGUUCCAAGAGUUCUCAUCAGUCGGUACUACAACAGGCAUCUACCGCUAUAAAUAUUCAGUCGUCAAGCAGAUUGCACAGACUAAUCGGAUCACCAAAAUCCUCAGCCAAUCCCAGAAGUACGGAACAAUGCUCUGGUGUGAGGUCUGGCGAGUUUGGGUCUUCUUCUUACAAGGUCUAGCACCGGUUCUUUCUAGCCGACUAGCAGCUUACGUCGAAAGAAGGCGAACAGGCAGAACAAAACGCCUCAAACCUAUUACCAAGCAAAGAAAAGACUCGAACACCGAUAUCGAAACCAAAGCCCAGCUUAUUCGUGAAUGCCGAGCUUUACUACAUGACAUCACUCCGAAAGAAGAACGAAAAGUCAAGCUAGCAUUCAGCCAAGCCUGGAAAAGAUGGAAGGCCGAUAACAUAUUCGAAGAGCACCAGCCCAAGCUCAACCCGAGUUUAGCCAAGCUAGUCAAUGUGUAUAUCGAAGAAAAGAGUGUUCUUUGGAUCAACGAAACCUUACAAGGAUGGAAGCAUAUUCUCAGUGGGAAAGCUACCGAUAAGAAACAAGUCAAGAAAGUCCAAGGUCGGAUGCUUCGACUAAUCAUGAAAAUACACCGGUCUCUUAACCUAGCCGACGCUCUACACUUCCUUCACUCGUCCGCACCGCCAAAACCACCCCAACUCAACCCUCUACAAGCCCAUCUCUUCUCUUUAGCUCUUCCAUCCAAUGCAAUACCCACCCGACUCUCACUGGACUCUUACUCCCCCAAUGACCUAGAACAUUUUGCCCUCAACGCCAUUGAAGAGCUUAGAUCUCAAUACACUAUCAGACAACAGCUCACGGCCAAAGACAAAGCAGAACUUAGUUACUUAGACCAAUGCAAAACCAACCUCACCGACCUUCUUCAGCACAUCCGAGCCACUCUAGAGAAGAAGAAGACCUUUUCGGCCUUCGAAAUUGAGUUUCUUGACAGUAACAUCAUUUAUUCCUCCACAAUCAAGGAAAAGAUUGUAGAUCGGUUUCUUGAGCUUAUGCUAUGGCACUUUGCCAAGAAGAACAACUUGUUUGGCAGCCAUCUUUUUCCGAUCGACAGUGAACCUCUUCCCGUUUCCUAUCUAUCUAUCGGUGACAAAAUCAAAACUCAUCUCACGCAUUGGGCAACAACCAACACAGAGCCCCUUCACUUUAUCGCCAUUGAUUACUCUCCACUCCUUGCUGAAAUUGAAUUUAGCUUUCUGUUGCCAUUUCUUGAACCAAUUCUGGCACCGGAACUCUUUCACUACAUUAGCCGCCGACUAGCAGCCACUGUCACCUACAAGGACAUGUCUUAUGUUCAAAAAAGCGGACUCUUCCCAGGUCUUGAGUUUCAUUCUUUCCUUCUGCAAUACUACCUCUUGUUUGUUGAUGCCCAGUUGAUUCAGACCUCACUGACUCAAUUCAACCAGACCAACAUCAUGUUACAUGCCAAUUCACGUCUUACCAGCCAGACCAGUCCCAUCAAAGGAUAUAUUAGGUGUGGCACCAUAGCCUAUGCAAUCUAUACUUCCUCCAACCAUCCUCUAGAUUCAUCACCAGCAACCCCCACCCAGAGCCCAAUACUAACCCAGUACCAGCAAACGCCUCGAGCCGCGCCCAUCAAUACUCUCCUCGAUCUUGUUUCUAGAUCGCAAGUACCAAUCCCUACUAUUCAUUCCGCCAUUCUAACACAAAUAUUAGCUCGAAUCACGCAAUCACUUUCACCUUCGUCACCCCAACCACAAACCCUAACACAACCACAAGCCCUAACACAAACCCCAACACAACUACCUACGCAACAACCAACUUCUUAUUUGCUAUCUCAAUUAACACCGCUAUCCCGUCAAACCCAGCCUUUCAUCCUAACUAACAUACCCCUCCACAACCAUCCAAUAUCCCUACCACUUGGACACCUCUCCAUUAUCCUCAACCCAGCCAAAGUCUCACUACAAACCCCACCCGAAGCCAUUACACCUUUCAAACUCGCUAUUGCCAAAAUUCGCCAAGAUGCACUCGGAUCAGCCUUUUCCACCAUAGUCCGGCGAUGGAACUCUCUUCUGCUCCGCACAGUCCUCUUUUAUCGAGAAGCACUCUCUGACCAGUUCAUAGCCGCCAUAAUAGUAGCCGAAAAGGCCGUUCGCGACAAAAUCAUGCAAGGUGUUAACUCCCGCCAAAAGAAAAGGUACCCCUCCUUCCUGUUCUAUGCCGAAAAGGAGGUUGGCGGUCUCAACUUAAUCUCAGCCAAAGCCCUUAUUCGCGCCUGUCCCUCCUGGGCAGACGAAAUCGCACAUUCAGAAGCUGCCUACACCAAAAUAGAAUCUUAUCUUGAAAGCCAAAAGCAAGACUCCGAUCAGCCCAGCAUUCACAAUGCCAUCAAACACCUUGCCGCCCAAGGCAUUCCAAUCCACAGCACCGGAAUCCCUCGCCUUUCCCUCUUUCUCAAAAGAACUCCUGAACUUGCUCUUGAGCAAGGCUGGCGCCCGCGACUUUACAUUCGCUAUGGAGUAAAGCGAUGGACAUCUGAAAACCACGACGGAAGAUGGGUGUUCUGGGAUGCCUAUAAACAACAACUUACCCUACCUAAAGCCCAAAAUCUCCAGCGCCAUUCACUAUUUGCUGCCGCAAUCCAAAGAUGGACCUCCCAAACCCCAACUGAACCAGCAGCCCUACCCACCAAAACAGAUCUCUCCCAGGGCACACCUCUUAUUGGUAUAAUGCACUCCAUAGAGCACAAAACACAUAGCCGAGCCCAACUAGGUGAACUCGCACGACUACCCAACCGAAUGUUUGUUUUCUGGUGGAGUCCAGUAAUCAAUCGCAGCCACGUCAAUAUUGGUCAGCCCGUCCAUGUGGAAAAUACUGGCAUCUAUAUCUCAGGCAAGCUCUCCUCUCUCCGAGUUAGCUACACAAAACUAUUCAGCGAUAAUCUCUGGCCGCGCAUGCAUGCCGAAGCCAUUAGCUUAGUGUUUGCUGCCUUAGAUAGAAAUGCCCUUGCGCUUAACAUAUCCUAUCUUCAUACAAAUGAUUCAGGCAACUAUUCUCCUGAACACUACGCCCUAGCCAGUCUCUCCCAAUCAAUCAGCGACCCACCCCGAUACUUAGCCGCCACAUCCCCUUCGCUUUUAGUACGGCUGAACACCGAAGCCGCUGCGCUACCAGCCUGGGUUAUUGUUCGACUGCGUUGGGGCAACAUUGACUCUCCAGCACUCGAAGAAGAGGCCGAGUCCUGGGCCAGCGAAAUGAUCACCAUAGCCGACAACUUUGCUCCUAUCCAUAGCAAGAUAGGCGUGGUAGUUCUUCUCGAUAUUUCUCAAGCAGAAUGCUGUGUUCUUCCCACCCAUCCAACCAUUGCACCGGCAGCAACCAUAAUCAAACACUCAUUACUUUCCUCUCUACCUUUUGCCAAUACUUUCCGUGUCUUCCAACGACGCAUUCGCUCCCUCGCUGGCUUCAAUCCCUCUCUAUUCGAAACCCAAACAACUGCCACCGAGCCCAGCCAUCUUUUUAAAGAGCCCAAUUCUAUCUAUAUGGUUUUAAGCCCCCAAGCCAUUCAUUCCCUUAAUCUAACCACCGGUGCUUAUUUAUCUAUUCCCAUCACUAAAGGCGAGAAGAUAGUCCGAAUCUUUGACCAUCUCUUCAGGGCGCUUCCUUGUAUUUCAGCCAGCCAGCAUAUCUUUGCUGAAGAUAAACUUUACUCCCUUCUUGUCAACUCAGGCCGAGUUCUUACAGUAUCCCGUUCACUUCUUAGCUUUCCUCUAACCCAGCCACUUCCUUACAGCCAACUCUAUACACACUGGCCCGGCCUGUCGCCCUAUACUGCUUUCUGCCGCCUAGCCCUUAUUCUCAGGCAUUCUUUAGAAGUUAACCCAGCCUCUCUCGUUUAUCUCACCCAAACCCAGUCGGAUCGCCACUGGAUUGCCAUUGAAAACCAGCUAAUCACCGAUCUAUUCCUAGCCGCCACCAAAAGAAUGCAUAUACUCGGUGAAGCUCUUCUUGAAGAAGAGACCGCCCAGGAUACACUCAAAGCCCUAGUAUUCGCGCAAGACCGAACCCAAUUCCGGCUAGUCUCCCCAACUGUUCAAAAGCACGCCUGGACCUCUAUCAUCAAUUGGCGUGACCGCUACGCACUUGGAGUACCUUUCUUCCCACCUACCUCCACUUCUUCCACUUCCACUUCCACAUCUACAUCUACUCCGCCCACUUCCACUUCCACACCUACAUCUACUCCACCCACCGCAACUAUACCACUCGACUUCUUCUCGACCUUACUGGCGGCCGCCGACCCUUUAGUACCCAUUCUAGCUCUAAUAACCCAGUCAACUCCGACCGUUCUAUCCAAUCAUUAUGAUCUACUAAUUGUUCCUUCUCAAAGCUUUGCUUCUAAGCACUUUACUCUAACCACCAGCGAUAUAAGCCACUACUCCAUUAAAGCUAUCCUCCAAACCACUACUCCUUUCUCCAACGACCUUACUUUUACUUAUAGUGGUGUUUCUCUUCCUUCAUCUAUUCUCCUUAUCCAAUUCAACCUUACCACCGGCGAACAUACCACAACCAUCUGCACGGUCAAGAACACCCAUCAUUCCAUCUUUGAACUCAUUCCCCAAACACCUACCACAAUCCAAGUCCAGCCAUCCCCAGCCAAUUACCUAACCACACACCCCUGGAACCAAAACCUCCAUUCAUUCACCACUCCACCUAUUCUCCUCCCACAAAAGCCCCAACCCUUCUAUGCCGAAGAAUUCCGCCCCCACCACUUUCACUCCUAA